UGUUUAUGAGGAAUUUACAGUAUAAGCCAUGGAUUCUUGCUAGAAGCACCAAUCUCGAAAUAUAUCACAUGCUGUUACUUUAAUUUUUCUGAAACACAUACAAAAGAUGGUAAUCAAAUGUCACCUCGUAUUAAACAAAAUUUAUGUACUUGUUAUUUGAGAUCUGUAAUAUUUUUUUUAAGUAUAAAAUAGGGAAAUCAAAAGAAUAUGUUAGAUAUAUUUUUAUCCUGUCAUUUUAGGUAAAGAUACUCGUUCUUAUGGUGGCAGUGUUUAGUCUCUUCCAAUCUGAGUUGGACGCUGCCUCUGUCCACUGCGGCUAUCACGGACACUAUUAUACAUCAAUGUACUCUUCAUCUAAUGGCUGCACUACAAGAUGGUACAAACUCUACAAAGGUUACUGUACGUCAUCCGGGACAUACUUAUAUGAGGUUAGAAUCACCGCUUUAGGAAUGCAACUCUAUUAUAAAAGGAUCAGUUGUAAGAGGAGAAGUUUAGCCGGAAUCAAUAAAGACACAGGAGAAAGCAUUGAGAAGAAAGACGCUAAGGAGUACGAGUAUGACAGCAUACAAAACGCUUUCAGCAGAGGGACAAAUUAACGAGACCUUUUAGAAUCUAGAGGGAUGAAAAAAGAAAAUCACCUUCAUCGGCAUCGGCCUGAAAUCCUUUUGUCAUGCUUUGAAUAAAAAUAAUGCAUUUUC